AUGUGUCUAGUCAGUGUGAUCUUCGCCCUGUCAUUCUUGACAACUUCAGCAUAUCCACUUCAUCGUAACACCAGGGAGGCAACCUGGAAUGAUUCAAUUGCCAACCAGGCUCAUGACAAGACAGAACUCACAAAAGAUGUGGAUCAGAUCUACAAGAGCCACAUAGACAGCAGCAGCCUUUACGACCCAGAUAACCACAGCAAAAACCCUGUUGCAGAGGAGAUGCAAGGCAAACUUAUCAUGGAGUCAGAGCGUCUGCGUAACCGUCUGCGCCAAGAGCUGGCCGAGCUGCGUGAGAGGUUGUCCCCAUCUCCAGCCCACCUCAGCUCCACCCUGGCCAGCAUGAGGGAGCGCUUGGCUCCCUUCACCCAGCAGCUCCAGAACUCUCUCAGCAGCAACACCCAAGAUCUGUGUGGCCAACUGAGCCUCUAUCUGCAGGGCCUGGAGACAGCAGAGGCCCAGGCAGAGGCCAGUCCGGCUCUGUAUCAGGAAGCCUUCCACUGGAUGAGCCAAACCCUGGAGCACAGCAGCUCCGAGGUGGCUAACCUCAUCAGCGAUUUCCAUACUAAAUCCGUAGGGGUAAUCGAACAUCUGAAAGCGAUCAAUGCUAGAGAGCAAGAGGCAGCCAAGUCAGAGCACUGGCAGGAAAUUAGCUCCAGGUUGGGACAGGAAGUGAGUUCUAUGAGAGUGGAGGCACAGAACAGAGUGGGAGCUCUCAAGGCAGAGCUUACUGCUCUUCUAGAAACUGCACGGCCUGGUAAGGCUGAAGUGACAGCCAGUUUGGAGCGGUUCUGCCAAAAUGCAGCCCUGCAGAGCCAAGUGUUUCAGGCCCGGAUGGAGAGGAUGUUUCAGGGGCUGGAAGAGGAGCUGGAGGUCCAGGGAGCCUCCAGCCUGUCUCCUUCUUCCUUCUCCACGUCCACACAGCCAGGUGGCUAUUUGCAGGAGGACUUCUCAGUUAAACUCUCUGCUCUGAUCCAAGACAUUCUGCACUCACUGUAG